ACACACACACACACACACACGCGCGCGCACAUCCUGGAUGCUGAAGUGCCUUAUCCAAAAUGGAGGAGAAAUUAAUCAGAUAAAAAGAUGAAUAGAUGUGUUUUGUUUUUGUUUUUUUAGUGCAAGGUGUUUUAUACAGUUCUCGUGUGGCGACAAGUGCCAGUUUAAGUGCCAGCGAUUUUACAGAGUGUUUUACAGAGUAAUACGUUUAUUAUCUCCUGGCAUGGAUCCAUAUGGAAGUCUGAUGUGUAGCUUUUUCGUUGGUGUCUUCGAGGCUUUGAAAUCCAUCCUAAUAACAACAACAACGAAAAGAUGUCACAAAUGGACACGCAGGGCUCGUUUUAGUAGGUUUCCGUCUGGGCGCGCUCGCACAAAUACCUCGUCACUCCCCCGCGCUCCCUCUGCGUGCCCUUCAACUUCUGACAUCCAAAUCUACCUGGAUUAUAACAGCUAAAUCCAAACGCCCCGCUCGAGUCAAAAAGGCAAGCGUCCCCGCUCCUCCCAGGAUCAUUUACAAGAAGCAGUCCCGAGGAUCCAUCGGAGCAGCCCCCCCUCCUCUUCCUCCUCACAGCGGCGCUGUAAAUAGAUCAUAUCGGACGCUGAUUUGAUUUAGAGAUUCCUGCGUCUGGACCCUGAACCAGAGAAACAAAAGGCAACGCGGUGUGAGACUUUUUCUCUGGAAGAUUUCGAUAUCGGGGCCCAUGAGAAGAGGACGCUCCUCGAGCUUAAUGGGAGAUUUAUUGAUGCAUUUGUCGAUGAUUUUCCACGUUCAAUCUCGGAGCAAAUGAAAGGAGCCACAAUGUUGACGAGGCUUUUCAGUGACCCCUCACUGCUCCCCGAGGUGCAGAAAUACUCUGGCUGGGCGGAGGACAGCGAUGGCGACUCCACCAAGAUCAAAGACGACGACCAGGACACUCAGGACGACAUGGAUGGAUCUGAACUGAGAGAUGACAGCCGGACGCAAUCCGAGCAUGCUGGGGAAGACGACGAGGACGACGGGUUGGAUGAAGAGGAAGACGGAGAGGAUACAGGAGGAGACAGGCCCAAGAAAAGGGGCCCCAAGAAGCGCAAAAUGACCCCGGCCCGGAUCGAGCGCUCCAAGUUGCGGCGGACAAAGGCCAACGCACGGGAACGGACCCGCAUGCACGACCUGAACUCUGCUCUCGACAAUCUGCGUAAAGUGGUGCCCUGCUACUCCAAAACGCAAAAACUGUCCAAAAUCGAGACGCUGCGGUUGGCCAAAAACUAUAUCUGGGCCCUGUCGGAGAUAUUACGCUCUGGAAAAAGGCCCGACCUCGUGUCCUACGUCCAGACGCUGUGCAAAGGACUGUCCCAGCCUACGACCAACCUGGUGGCGGGUUGCCUGCAGCUUAACUCCCGUAACUUCCUCACCGAGCAGCAGUGUCCGGACGGGGGGAGGUACGGGUCCGGCUCCUUCUCCAUGCAUUCCUACCCCUACCAGUGUGCGCGUCUCUCCAGCCCUCACUGCCAGCCGGGUUCGAACUCGCAUCCGUUGAGGACGCACGGCUACUGCUCGACUUACGAUUCUCUGUACGGCGGAAGCGGGUCCCCUGAGUACAACAGCCCCGAGUACGAGGGGCCCCUCAGCCCGCCCAUUUGCAUCAACGGCAACUUUUCCCUGAAGCACCAAGACUCCGCGUCCCCCGAAAACGAGAAGGGGUACCACUACUCUAUGCAUUACUCCGGCCUGCCUGGCUCAAGAUCCACCGGGGCCCACAACCUGGUGUUUGGCUCCUCGGGGUCCCGGAGCGGCAUUCACUCUGAAAACGUCCUGCCUUACCACGACAUGCACUUACACCACGAACGGGCCCCCGUGUACGAUGAACUGAACGCGUUUUUUCACAAUUAAACUGAGAAACCGAUCGUGUACCGCCCCCCCCCCCCCCCCCCCCUUGCAAUCAACAAUCUAUCCACGGCACACUUUUUGACGAGCUUGCCUGCCAGGACUUAGGCUUUCUGGAGAGAUGUUUCACUCAUUGUCAUUAGUGUUUCCUUUAAUUUAGUCCGUCUUCUUCUUUUGGUUUUGCUAUAGUCAGGGAUGUAGUGGAGGGUAAGCCACCUAAGCCACAAUCUUAUGUCGAGCAAUGAGGCUGUUAAAGCUGAAAUAAAUGGAAAUCCGAUGAAACAAUUCAUAUCAUGAUGUGUGAUGAUGAGGGAACUUCAAAAUAUAUUAACGUUUUUCAAAGUGUGAUUCGUGUUUGUAUCGGUGGUUGUUCGCAUCCUGAUGACUGUUUACCCACUUAUAUAUUUACCACUACAUCACUGGCUACAGCCACGCCUCGACGUUGGUCGGUGAUUUUUUUUUCUAAUAUGAAAUUGGAAAACAAAUCAAUGAACAAGCUGAUGCAAAUCACACUUGACGCGCGAGAUUUUCUUGGCGGGGAGGUUGUGUAUUGUGGAAAUGACGAAAUCGUGAAGGAACCGAUGAAAAUGUGCACGUUGGGUCGUUUUAGAAGGAAAAAUCUGUUCUCCAGCAAAUCAAUCGUUUCGCAUCUAUGCAAAACCUAACGAGACCACAGAGGGAGGCGACGAGGCCUGGAAAGACACUGUCUGUUUCAUCAGCACUGUUGCUGCUGCACGCACGGGUGCGCGCAGCCUCACGUGCACGCACACACGCACACACACACAUACACACAUACAUACACACACACUUUGGAGUUAACACCCAACUAAUCUGAUAGUGGCUGAGCUGCCCAGAAUGGUUUAACUUCCAAUAAAAAAUAUAUAUAUAUCAAAAUAGAAUGAAAUCAGACAUUUUUCACAUUGUUUUUUACUCUUAUUUAUUUAUUUAUUUAUUUAUUUAUUUAUUUAAUUGUUCAUAUUGCCUUUUAUUCUUCUGACUGAGCCUUUGCACUGUAUUUUGUUUUCAAAUUAAAUUUUGGUUUUAACAUUUAACGUUUUGAUUUGCAAAGCUAUGUUUAUUAUUAUUAUUAUUAUUAUUAUUAUUAUUAUUAUUAUUAUUAUUAUUAUUAUUAUUAUUAUUACUGCUGCACGUAUUUAUUGUGUUGUUUUUGUAAUUAAUGUUAAUAGUCUGUGGAAAUGAAGGGAUCCCAUGUGUUGCUGAGCAUUUUUUCAUAAAAUUCAAGUCUUUCAACUUUGUAUUCAACCAACUGUGUGGUAAAAUAAAAUGAAUAAAUGAGA